CAACAACAAAGUUUUUAAUCUUCUCAAAACAAAAGAAAACAAUAUUAAAAAAGAAGCAAGUUUGGAGCAACAUACUGAGCCUCAACUAGAUAGGCUCACAGACAACUACAACAAUACAGUUUCAACAUCAACAAGCAAAGACUGGGCUAGUAUAACUGAAGAAGAGGAACUGGUACCAAAAGAAAUAAAAGAA